UCCCUCCCUCCGGACGCCCGCACGUCCGGACCCGGGGGCAGAGGGGGAUCGGGAGCAAGCGGGCGGCCGUCCGGGCUGGGCGCCGCCGGUAGGGAUGGGGGGCGAGCGACAGCAUUACUACGGGAAGCACGGAACACCACAGAAGUAUGACCCCACCUUCAAAGGACCCAUUUACCACAGGGGCUGCACAGAUGUCAUUUGCUGUGUGUUCCUCCUCCUGGCCAUCGUGGGCUACGUAGCUGUGGGCAUCAUAGCUUGGACCCAUGGAGACCCUCGAAAGGUGAUCUACCCCACUGAUAGCCGAGGCGAGUUCUGCGGGCAGAAGGGCACGAAAAAUGCGAACAAAUCCUACUUGUUUUAUUUCAACAUUGUGAAGUGUGCCAGCCCCCUGGUCCUGCUGGAAUUCCAGUGUCCCACCCCACAGAUCUGCGUGGAGAAAUGCCCCAACCGUUACCUCACCUACCUGAAAGCUCAUGGAACCCAGGAAUUUGAGUACUACAAGCAGUUCUGUGUGCCUGGCUUCAAGCAGAACAAGGCUGUGACUGAGGUGCUUCGUGAUGGUGACUGCCCGGCCGUCCUCAUCCCCAGCAAACCCUUGGUCCAACGAUGUUUCCCAGCCAUCCAUGCCCACAAAGGGGUCCUCAUGGUGGGCAAUGAAACCAGCUACGAAGAUGGCCAUGGCUUUCGGAAAAACAUCACUGACCUGGUGGAAGGCGCCAAAAAAGCCAACGGAAUCCUGGAGGCCCGGCAUCUGGCCAUGCGGAUAUUCGAAGAUUACACAGUCUCCUGGUACUGGAUUAUCAUAGGCCUGGUCAUCGCCAUGGUCCUGAGCCUCCUGUUCAUCAUCCUGCUCCGCUUCUUGGCUGGCAUUAUGGUCUGGGUGAUGAUCGUCAUGGUGAUUCUGGUCCUGGGCUACGGAAUAUUUCACUGCUACAUGGAAUACUCUCGACUGCGUGGUGAGGCUGGCUCCGACAUCUCCCUGGUGGACCUUGGCUUCCAGACAGAUCUCCGUGUGUACCUGCAUUUGCGGCAGACCUGGAUGGCCUUCAUGAUAAUUCUGAGCAUCCUUGAGGUUAUCAUCAUCUUGCUGCUCAUCUUUCUACGCAAGAGAAUUCUCAUCGCCAUUGCACUCAUCAAAGAAGCCAGCAGGGCUGUGGGAUAUGUGAUGUGCUCCAUGCUGUACCCACUGGUCACUUUCCUCCUGCUGUGCCUUUGCAUUGCUUACUGGGCUAGCACUGCUAUCUUCCUGUCUACUUCCAAUGAAGCCGUCUAUAAGAUCUUUAGCGACACUGACUGCCAAGCUGUUGGGAAAACCUGCAACCCUGAGAACUUCUCCUCCUCCAGUGAAUUCCACCUGUGCCCUGGUGCCCACUGCCAGUUCGCCUUCUACGGUGGUGAGUCUACUUACCACCGGGCCCUGCUGGGCCUGCAGAUCUUCAAUGCUUUCAUGUUCUUCUGGCUGGCCAACUUUGUGCUGGCACUGGGCCAGGUCACACUAGCUGGGGCCUUCGCUUCCUACUACUGGGCCCUGAAGAAGCCAGAUGACCUGCCAGCCUUCCCGCUCUUCUCUGCCUUCGGACGGGCACUCAGGUAUCACACAGGCUCUCUGGCCUUUGGCUCGCUUCUUCUGGCCAUCGUGCAGAUCAUCCGAGUGAUGCUGGAGUACUUGGAUCAGCGUCUGAAGGCUGCGGAGAACAAGUUUGCAAAAUUCCUCAUGACCUGUCUCAAAUGUUGCUUCUGGUGCCUGGAGAAAUUCAUCAAAUUCCUCAACAGGAAUGCCUACAUCAUGAUUGCCAUCUACGGCACCAACUUCUGCACCUCUGCCAGAAACGCCUUCUUCCUGCUCAUGAGAAACAUCAUCAGAGUGGCUGUCCUGGACAAAGUUACCGACUUCCUCUUCCUGUUGGGCAAACUUCUGAUUGUGGGUAGCGUGGGGAUCCUAGCUUUCUUCUUCUUCACCCACCGAAUCAGGAUCGUGCAGGACACAGCACCACCCCUGAAUUAUUACUGGGUGCCUAUACUGACGGUAAUCGUUGGCUCCUACCUGAUUGCCCAUGGCUUCUUCAGCGUCUACGGCAUGUGUGUGGACACGCUGUUCCUCUGCUUCUUGGAGGACCUGGAGAGGAACGAUGGCUCGAUGGAGAGGCCUUACUUCAUGUCUCCCACCCUCAAGAGGCUUUUGAACAAGACCAACAGGAAGCCGGCUGAGUCCUAAAGGCCCGGCCCCUGCCCCCCCACCUCCCUGAAAGUCUCACAGUGGGUGCUUGGCAGCUGUGGGUCAGAAUCCCUAGCCCAUUGGGCUGACCUGAAGUCCUAUCACUGCCACCCUCUUCCAGCCCCGCAUCAUCCAGUCACCACCCAUUUCUGGGAAGCUGGAGGAUUGGGGGCAUCCCAUCCCUAUACCAAGGGCCAGUCUGUUUUCACAGGGCAGCCCCCCAAGACUGCGCAGUGAGUCUUCCCAGCCUCCCCUGGCCCGGAUGAGAAGCGCAGCGAGGCUUCUUGAUGGCUGGCAGGCGAGAGAGCCCGGCCUCUGUGGGCUGUCCUCCAUCGCCUGUCCCCCUUAGGACAGGACAGCAUCUGUGUAUGCAGAAGCGGUGACCACAGCAAGGCCACCACCAUUCACUUUGUGUCUGCUCCGGCCAGAAUGCCAGGACCCUUCUCCAGGGCUGAACAACUGGCCACCGGCCACUCCAGGCAUUUCUUCGUUAAUAUUUUUUUAACCUGGAUGUGCAUUAAAGGAUCUGUUAGCUUUUUUUCUGUCCGUCUUCACGACUGAGAUGGGUCUGCUAAGGAAUGCUUUUCUGCUUUCUCGUGUCCACUCCGUGGGUGUGGCUGGGGUGGGAGUGUGCGCGCCCAGGUCGGGGUGUUUCCUGGCAGGGGAGGCAGUAGCAGGCUGUGUUGAUGGGAGAAGGGGGAGGGAAGCUGUCAGGGGAGGUUGCCUGGGAGCAGGCUGGUGUGGGGCAGGAGGGAGGAGGUGGCUAAUAGCUUAAUGGAAACCGGCUGCCUGGCAGGCUGGCUGGUGGGGUUGGGCCGAAUUUCUCUCCUUUCUCUGCCAGUUAUUGACACAGCUCUCUUUGUGAGAGAGAAAAGAACCGAAUCCACCCAAGGGACAAUUUCAGAUGAAAGGGGGGUGGGAAUAGGGCCAGAUGCCCUGGGCAAAUGGGGGGGGGCCCUUCUGCCCAGUCACCUCACCUUGAGGAUCCUUUUGCCAAAUUUGUUGAACUCAGGGGAACUGGUGUCCUGGUUCCCCCUUCGCCAUCUCCCAAGGCCCUGGAUCCGGGAUCCCAGAGAGGGAGAAACCCCAGCCUAGGGUUUCUUUCUCCUGUGCCUGCCACCCCCUUCCCUGUGCUGUCCUCACAGCCCUACAUGUAACUGCAUUCCAACCACUAAUAAAGUGCCUAUUGUACAGAG